AAGGGCCGCUCCGCUGCGCUCGGAUUUCAGCUGGUCCGGGCGGAGUCCAUGCGGGAGAAAGGAUUUAGACGAAUUCAGUCCAGCUGAAGGGUUUCUAACGCGGUUUAGCGAGCACAUUACCCGCUCAACAUGACUACGACGACCAACUUCCAAGGCAUGGAGCCUGGUGCCAAAAAAAGCUCCAGGUUUGACAUGCAGUGUGAUGUGAUGUCUGGUGUUUUGAUGUGGAUGGUGCCCAAACUUCACCCAGCACAAAGCAAUGGGGCUGGCAGGCUUCCAGUGCCAUCUCAAACUGGGGUGUUGUGUCCCCCUGGCGGAGCCUCAAAUAUUUCCUUCGGCACCGACGAGGAGAAGCCUGUGCGCAAAAACAAGAUGGUCUCCAGUAUCUUUGCUGAACCUGAUGACCCUCACGCCCACCGGAGGAACAACCCACCAGGUGGAGAAGCGUCUGGUGUUCUGUGCGGUGAAUCCUCGGCUCCUCUGAGACGAUGCCAGCCCACCAUCGUCUAUGAUAACGGCUCUCCUGUUGAUCAGCCCGCCAACAGCACGGAUCACAAUGAAUACGAGCAGGAGAACAACGGUGAGACACUUUUCUCUUUGCCAGUCUCAGUAUUUGGUGCUCUGUUUGGACUCUCAUUGGUUGAGGAAUGCUGCUGAUAAACACUUGCUGAA